UCACGCGGUCGAUGACGUCAGCAGAAGCGGACGCAGAUGUGUAAGAUACGUAACACCGGUGGUUCUCCUCGAUCCCCGGGUUUAACUUCCACCGUCACACCGCCGGAGCAGCCGAGACACACCGGGACCGUCAUCCUCAACCACCGCACAGCCAGCACCCGUGAACGAGACCCGGCUGAUGAGGCUAACAGAGGUUAGCUUAGCUGGUGUAGCUGCUGGAGUGUUACAGCCUCCCAGGUUUUAACUUUAUCAACCUCGAGCUAACUCCCCGGAGGCUGAAGGCUCAAGGGCGGACUUUGACAUCCGCACGGACUCAGUCUUGCUAACCGAGUUAGCCCACAGCUAAGUGCGGGCUGAUCUGCCGCUCCGACUUCCUUGUGUCGUUCGAGGUCAUUCUGCAGCGCUCACCAGUCAGACCGCCGACUAUCACCGGGACAACAGCCAUGAAGAGUCUCCCGUACUUCUGCCGGGGAGAGGUCAUCAGAGGCUUCGGGAGAGGAAGCAAAGAACUGGGGAUUCCCACAGCCAACUUCCCAGACUCGGUGGUGGACAAUCUUCCAGCAGAUAUCAGCACAGGAAUCUACUACGGCUGGGCCUGCGUGGGUAAUGGGGAUCGCCACAAAAUGGUGAUGAGCAUUGGCUGGAAUCCAUACUACAAAAACACCAAAAAGUCCAUGGAGACUCAUGUGAUUCACACGUUCAAAGAGGACUUUUAUGGGGAGAUUCUCAGUGUGGUCAUGGUGGGCUACAUCCGUCCAGAGAGAAGCUACGACUCUCUUGAAGCCCUCAUUGCAGCCAUCAACAACGACAUUGAGGAGGCCAGAGUCAACCUGGAGCUCCCAGAGCAUCUCAAACUGAGAGACGACAACUUCUUCACCAGCGCCUGCACCUCAUCUCCAGCCCUGCCCAGCACCACAGCGUCUACGUCACAGACUAUAAUGAAUGGUCACUGACAGCUGGCUGUGACUGCUUGUCCACAGGCACACACACACAUUUCUGUGUACACACAGGUUUGUGCAUUUCAAUUCAAUGAAAUGCACAGAACACAUUCUAAGCCUUCUUCGCCAUUUCUGCACGUAGACGUAAUCACAAACAAUCCUUUUAAGUUGUACUUAUCUUUUCCUUUGUCAGUGCUUCUGUUUUUUAAUAGUUGUUUUUCUUCCUCUAUUGGUUUGUUGUUGAUAUAAUAGAUGAUGUUCAUCUGUAUAUACUCACCCCAGAAUUGCUGUAUGCAGCUGUAUCACUGCUUCUGAUGUAUAUUUGAAAUCUUUUAUGUGAGAAGGCACCUUUUUAUAUAAAACUAUAAUACAGUUCUUGGAAUGGCAGUAAACAGAAAAUACAAGCAUAAUAUUUAAAAUCUGUCUAUAAAUAAUUAUACAAUUACGAUGACCAUCAAUUCUACUAUGUGAACACUAUCUAGCCAAGGUUAUAAAAACAUUACUUAUUGAGUCCUUUUCUGUUGAGAUUUAUUAUUCUGAGCCAGAUGGUUAGAAAGAAGAUCUGGGCAUUAUUAACUGUAACAAAAACAGGUGACGCAGUUCGGUGACUUUAUGCAACAACGUAACUCAAUACAAGACUUUUUUUCCUUCCUAUUUCAUUCUGAAAUUCUUUUCUCUCAAGUGUGACACAAACUUUCUACUGUUCACUGCCCCAGAAAUUAAAUAAGCAGAUGCAAUAUGCAUGUGUGUGAACUGGAAUUAUUAAAUAACAAGCAUUUUUAUUUAUUUAAGGAAAUGUACACAAAAACAAUUUUUGCAAUUUCAUCAUUCUAAUGCAUGUCAGUGAAGGAUUUUGUUUAGUUUCACUGCAGACUGCCUGAGGCUCAGACCUACAGUCUACUAGUCUCUGUGGGUUUGUUACAAAUAGUAAAACAUUGAUAGGUGAGAUAAGAUGAAGAAUAAUGUCCCCACGUCCUCUUUGCUUUGUUGGGGGCAAAAGUCUUUGAAUUGUUGAACAUUCAUUUACACCACCCACAUGUAAAGUCUGAACCUAAAAAAACAAAAUUCAAUUCUUAAAAUAUAUGGACACAUCACAGUUUAAUUGAUCGAUUUCAUGGGCUCUUCCAGAAUUUCAAUAAAACUUUUGUCCAAUAAACAAGCUCUUCUUA